AGCAGCAGCAGCAGCGGCGGCCUUCUUCUCCUCCUCGUUCUCCUUCUUCUUCGCGGGCGGUGCGGGGAGAGCGGCUUCGGGGGCUCCUGCUCACCGGCGGGCGUGCAAGAUGAACGUGGUGUUCGCCGUGAAGCAGUACAUCGGCAAGAUGAUCGAGGCCAGCGGGCCCGGCAUGAAGGUCCUGCUGAUGGACAAGGAGACGACCAGUAUUGUCAGCAUGGUGUACACGCAGUCGGAGAUCCUGCAGAAGGAGGUCUACCUCUUUGAGCGCAUCGAUUCAGCCAACCGGGAGAACAUGAAGCACUUGAAAGCUAUCUGCUUCCUGCGGCCCACGAAGGAAAACGUAGAAUACCUUAUCCAAGAGCUGCGCAGGCCGAAAUACAGCAUCUAUUUCAUUUAUUUCAGCAACGUGAUCAGCAAGAGUGACAUCAAGUCGCUGGCCGAGGCGGACGAGCAGGAAGUGGUCGCUGAAGUCCAGGAAUUCUACGGAGAUUUCAUUGCCGUGAAUCCACACGUGUUUUCCCUCAACAUCUUGGGCUCCUGCCAGGGUCACAGCUGGGAUCCUGCCCAGUUGUCCCGGGCCACCCAAGGUCUGACGGCCCUGCUGCUGUCUCUGAAGAAGUGCCCCAUGAUCCGCUACCAGCUCUCUUCCGACGCGGCCAAGAGGCUUGGGGAAUGUGUCAAGCAAAUGAUCACAAAGGAGUACGAACUCUUCGACUUCCGGCGUACCGAAGUCCCUCCGCUGCUGCUUCUCCUGGACCGUUCGGAUGACGCCAUCACACCGCUCCUGAACCAGUGGACAUACCAGGCCAUGGUUCACGAGCUGCUAGGGAUUAACAACAACCGGAUCGAUCUCUCACGCGUUCCAGGCAUCAGCAAAGAUCUCCGGGAGGUGGUCUUGUCUGCCGAAAACGACGAGUUUUAUGCCAAUAACAUGUACCUGAACUUCGCCGAGAUCGGCAGCAAUAUCAAGAACCUGAUGGAAGACUUCCAGCGGCGGAAACCCAAGGAGCAGCAGAAGCUGGAGUCGAUCGCGGACAUGAAGGCCUUUGUGGAGAACUACCCGCAGUUCAAGAAGAUGUCUGGCACGGUCUCGAAGCACGUCACUGUGGUAGGGGAGCUUUCCAGGCUGGUCAGCGAGAGGAACCUUCUGGAGGUGUCUGAGGUGGAGCAGGAGCUGGCUUGCCAGAACGAUCACUCCAGUGCUCUGCAGAACGUGCGGCGCCUCUUGCAGAACCCCAAAGUGACCGAGCUCGACGCCACCCGGCUGGUGAUGCUCUACGCCCUGCACUACGAGAGGCACAGCAGCAACAGCCUCCCCACCCUCAUGGCGGACCUGAAGACCAGGGGAGUGUCCGAGAGACACCGCAAGCUGGUGUCGGCUGUUAUCGAAUAUGGAGGGAAGCGAGUUCGAGCGAGUGACCUCUUCAGUCCUAAGGAUGCCGUGGCCAUCACCAAGCAGUUCCUCAAAGGGCUGAAGGGAGUUGAAAACGUGUACACACAGCACCAGCCGUUGCUGCACGAGACCCUCGAUCAGCUCAUCAAGGGGAAACUGAAGGACAGCCAGUACCCCUACCUGGGGCCCAGCACCCUCCGAGACAGGCCGCAAGACAUCAUCGUGUUUAUUAUCGGAGGGGCGACCUAUGAAGAAGCCCUGACUGUUUAUAAUCUGAAUCGCACCACGCCUGGCGUCCGGAUCGUCCUGGGCGGUACCGUUAUCCACAACACAAAAAGUUUCCUGGAAGAGGUUUCAGCGGCUGGCUUCCGUGGAAGAGGCAUGGAGAGUUCUCAAGCGGCGGCCCGGGUGGCCAGCAGGCGUUGAGUUUUGGCCCUUCACCGUCACCCCCUCUGCUCCGUUGCCGGACAAGAAGUGUCCCUCGUGCGCCCAAGCCACGCCAUGGUCCUGCUCCUCAACUGCUUUGCCCCCGGGCAACGAGGCCUUUGGGACUCUCCGGGGGUGUCUGGCGACCGUCUCCAUCUACAUCCAGCCCAACCAAGCCGGGCUUGGCCGUGGAUGCGGGGCGUCGUGCUUGUUGCUUCUUCCGUCGUGGCAUUCUUCAAGAUGGCGGGGCGGAAAGCGUGUCCAGAGAUGGCCAGGAAGGGUAACCCUCCCGAUGGGUUUUCACAAGGGCCGCCCAUGGACCUCUGCCACGGAUCCUGCUUCCUUGCUGUCUCUCUUGGGUCAGCCGCUCCCCUCGGAGGGUCACCAAGCUCUGUGUCCUGUGGCCUCUCGUCCCUCCAAAAAGCAAUUGUGUGAACCCCAAUAAAAGGCUGUCCUGAUU